AUGAAGAGACCUCGGGCUAUAUCUCCACCGUCGAUCUCUGCCACCGCGAAACCACCACUGUCUCCUCCGGCAACGCCGAUUCUCAAACAGAAGCUACACAGAACAGGAAAACCAAUUUGGUUCCCGUUGAAACUCACCCAGACGGAGCUCACUCUGCCGUUAACUUUUCCGACGGGUCAAACAUUCCGGUGGAAGCAGACUGGAGCGAUUCAGUACAGCGGAUCGAUUGGGCCUCAUCUCGUCUCUCUCAGGCAACGUCCGGGAGACGACACGGUUUCGUACUGCGUCCAUUGCAGCAAUAGCCCUAAAUCCGCGGAGCUUGCGCUGCUCGAUUUUCUCAAUGCUGAGAUCUCGCUAACCGAGCUAUGGUCUGAUUUCUCGGAGAAGGAUCCUCGUUUCGGAGAGCUGGCGAAUCAUCUCCGUGGCGCUCGUGUGCUGAGGCAGGAUCCGCUCGAGUGUUUAAUACAGUUUUUGUGCUCAUCGAACAAUAACAUCGCCAGGAUUACGAAGAUGGUGGAUUUCGUCUCGUCGUUAGGGGUGCAUUUGGGUGAGAUUGACGGAAUUGAGUUUCAUCAGUUCCCAUCGUUGGACCGGUUAUCUAAGGUUUCUGAACAAGAGUUUAGAAAGGCUGGUUUUGGAUACAGAGCCAAAUACAUAACGGGUACAGUAAGUGCUUUGCAAGCAAAACCAGGUGGUGGCGAUGAAUGGCUUCUCUCUCUACGCAAAAUGGAUCUCCAAGAUGCAGUUGCUGCUCUGUGUACAUUGCCUGGUGUUGGUCCAAAGGUAGCAGCUUGUAUAGCUCUGUUUGCUCUUGGUCAGCAUAGUGCCAUUCCCGUUGACACACAUGUGUGGCAGAUCGCCACAAGGUACCUUAUGCCAGAGCUUGCUGGUACUAAACUGACACUUAAACUAUGCAGCCGAGUGGCAGAAGCAUUUGUGAGUAAAUAUGGAGAAUAUGCUGGUUGGGCUCAAACGUUGCUCUUCAUCGCUGAGUUACCCGCACAAAAAACUCUCUUGCAGUCGCUUUCUCAGCCCAUCCAACCGGAAAAAUCUGCGGAAAGAAAAGGCAAUGAAGCCCUGACCUAA